AAAAAAAAGGGAAAGGUAAAAAAAAAAAAAAAAGAGCAAGAAAAAUGUGACGGACUUGUCACUGGCUGUUCACGGGCGCAACGGGGCGACGGACCUGAUGCGGCUUAGUCCCCCCAAUUGCUGCCAAGUGCAGACAGCUGCAGUCCGCUCGAUAUUAAAUAGAACCCUCCCCUCCCCCCCUCCAGCUUGCUCUUCUUUGCUUUCCUCUCCCCCUCAGGAUUUCCGACCCUGCCAUUCGUGUCAUCUUUGCAACUGCUCAUAUCGUUGGGUUCCGAAGGCUGUGUGAGCCGAAGCAACAAUGGCGGAGCGGAGGAUCUCCUACGCUCCCGACGUGGAGAACGGUGAUAACACUCGCACUGCUCCUGAUCUCAAUGACGGCGGAAACCUCGAUGAGUACACGGCCCUGAACCGGUACAUCUCGACCGCCCGCGACAAGCGUCGUGGCUCGACCUCUGAGGCCGGUGGUCUCGACGACGGCAAAGAGAAGAAGAAGCCUUGGUACGCCUUCUGGCAGAAGGACAAGGACACCUCCGAGGGAUUCGUCUGCCCCGAGGAAUGGCUCGACACCGACAUCCGCCAGGGUAUCCCCUCCUCGGCCGUUGAGCCUCGCCGCAAGAAGUCUGGCUGGAACGAGCUCGCGACUGAGAAGGAGAACCCCAUCCUUCAGUUCAUCGGGUACUUCCGUGGUCCUAUUCUCUAUGUUAUGGAAUUGGCUGUCUGUUUGGCUGCUGGUCUGCGUGACUGGAUCGAUUUCGGUGUCAUUAUCGGUAUUCUGUGUCUGAACGCUGUCGUCGGUUGGUACCAGGAGAAGCAGGCCGCCGAUGUCGUCGCUUCGCUCAAGGGUGAUAUUGCUAUGAAGGCUUGGGUUGUCCGUGACGGCCACGAGGAGGAGAUCCGCGCUCGUGAGCUCGUUCCCGGUGACAUUGUUAUUCUCGAGGAAGGUCAAGUCGUCCCUGCUGAUGUGCGCCUGAUCUGUGACUACGACAAGCCGGAGAUGUUCGAGGCCUACAAGGAGUUCCUGACCCAGGCCAACGAUGACACUCUCAAGGAGAAGGAUGAGGAUGAGGACGAGGGCGACCGUGAGCACCACACUGGUAGCUCCAUCGUCGCUGUUGACCAGUCCGCCAUCACUGGUGAAUCUCUCGCUGUCGACAAGUAUAUGGGCGACACUUGCUACUACACCACUGGUUGCAAGCGUGGCAAGGCCUACGCUAUCGUCACUGCUACUGCCAAGCACUCCUUCGUCGGUAGAACCGCUGCUCUGGUCCAGGGUGCCAACGAGGCCGGUCACUUCAAGCAGAUCAUGGACAACAUUGGUUCCACCCUCCUGGUUCUGGUCAUGUUCUGGAUUCUCGCUGCCUGGAUUGGCGGUUUCUUCCACCACCUGAAGAUCGCUACCCCCGAGCACAGCUCCGUCAACCUGCUCCACUACGCUCUGAUCCUGCUCAUCAUCGGUGUCCCUGUCGGUCUGCCCGUCGUUACCACCACCACUCUCGCUGUCGGUGCCGCCUACCUGGCCGAGCAGAAGGCUAUCGUCCAGAAGCUCACUGCCAUUGAGUCCCUCGCUGGUGUUGACGUUCUCUGCUCUGACAAGACUGGUACUCUCACUGCCAACCAGCUCUCCAUCCGUGAGCCCUACGUUGCUGAGGGUGUCGACGUCAACUGGAUGUUCGCUGUUGCCGCCAUCGCCUCCUCCCACAACAUCAAGAACCUCGACCCCAUCGACAAGGUUACCGUCCUGACCCUCCGCCGCUACCCCAAGGCCCGUGAGAUCCUCUCCCGCAACUGGGUUACCGAGAAGUACACUCCCUUCGACCCCGUCUCCAAGCGUAUCACCACUGUUGCUACCUGCGAUGGUGUCCGCUACACUUGCGCCAAGGGUGCCCCCAAGGCUAUCCUGAACCUGUCUGAGUGCUCCGAGCAGGAGGCCAAGCUCUACCGUGACAAGGCUGCCGAGUUCGCUCGCCGUGGUUUCCGUUCCCUCGGUGUCGCCGUCCAGAAGGAGGGUGAGCCCUGGCAGUUGCUGGGCAUGUACCCCAUGUUCGACCCUCCCCGUGACGACACUGCCCAGACCAUCACUGAGGCCCAGGCUCUCGGUCUGUCCGUCAAGAUGCUUACUGGUGACGCUAUCGCUAUCGCUAAGGAGACUUGCAAGAUGCUUGCUCUUGGUACCAAGGUCUACAACUCUGAGCGUCUGAUCCACGGUGGUCUCGCCGGUUCCGCCCAGCACGACCUCGUCGAGAAGGCUGACGGUUUCGCUGAGGUCUUCCCCGAGCACAAGUACCAGGUCGUCGAGAUGCUCCAGCAGCGUGGUCACUUGACUGCCAUGACUGGUGACGGUGUCAACGACGCUCCUUCCCUCAAGAAGUCCGACUGUGGUAUCGCCGUCGAGGGUGCUACUGAGGCUGCCCAGGCUGCCGCCGAUAUCGUCUUCCUUGCCCCCGGUCUGUCCACCAUCGUCGAUGCCAUCAAGCUCGCCCGUCAGAUCUUCCAGCGUAUGAAGGCCUACAUCCAGUACCGUAUCGCUCUGUGUCUGCACCUGGAGAUCUACCUGGUCACCUCCAUGAUCAUCAUCAACGAGACCGUCCGCUCUGAGCUGAUUGUCUUCAUUGCCCUGUUCGCUGACGUCGCCACCAUUGCCGUUGCUUACGAUAACGCUCACUUCGAGGCCCGUCCCGUCGAGUGGCAGUUGCCUAAGAUCUGGGUCAUCUCCGUUAUCCUUGGUGCUCUCCUCGCUGCUGCUACCUGGGUUGUCCGUGGUACUCUCUUCCUGCCCAACGGUGGUAUCAUCCAGAACUUCGGUUCUCCCCAGGAAAUCCUCUUCCUCGAGAUCUCUCUGACUGAGAACUGGCUGAUCUUCGUUACCCGUGGUGGUAAGACCUGGCCCUCGUGGCAGCUGGUUGGUGCCAUCUUCGUCGUCGAUGUCCUGUCCACCCUCUUCUGUGUGUUCGGAUGGAUCUCUGGCGACUUCGAGCAGACCGACCCUGCUGACCGUGCUGUCUUCUCUAUUCACGGUGAUGUCGACAUUGUCACUGUCGUUGUCAUCUGGGCUUACUCCAUUGGUGUCACCGUCAUCAUUGCCGUCGUCUACUACAUCCUCACCAACAUCCCCGCGCUCGACAACCUCGGCCGUAAGGACCGCUCCAGAGCCGACACCCACCUUGAGAACAUCAUUGGUCGUCUGUCCAAGCUCGCCGUUGAGCACGAGACUGACAAGAACGGUGUCUCGAGAUACACUCUUGCCGCCCGCGCUCCCGAGGAGGAGGAUGACGAGUAAUCCUAAGACGGGCUACGCUCUUUUACCCGUUAAUCUGCUCUGGUAUUCCAGGCGCAUCCAGCUUAAGCUGUUUCCCGAUUCACAUAUUAUAGACUUUUUAUUAUAUAUCCGACCUUGGUCAUAAAGCUUGAACUUACUUUACAUGUAUGUAUGUCAACUAAUAUUGGUAAAUUUAGUCUCCAAGGAUCAGAAUUCAAGCUCGUUCUAAUUA